AUGACACUGAAUGAUCUACUAAGUUCCGUAUUACCUGCAAACCAGACAUUCAACUUUCUGUCAUUACAGACUAUACCAGAAGAAACCCAUACUGUCGUAACUCCGGAUAGAUAUGACAAAAGGGUCGCAGAGCGCACCAUCAAGACCCAGCACUUCUUUUCUCUAUUUCAUCAGGAGAAAGUUUUUUUUUCAUUAGAAGUGUAUGUUUACAUUACACUUUGGGGUGAGAUGAAUGCCGAUCGGUUAGUAUUCGUAUCGAAAGCAGACACGAACGGGUAUUGCGAUACAAAGAUAAGUAUCAGGGACGUAACCAAAGCGCUCCUGAAAUAUGUUUUAUCAAUUGACCCGAAUUACUAUCUCCAAAGAGUAAAACCCAUAGAAAGACCAUACAAAAAAAUGAACGUUAAGCUGAUCACUCCAGCAGGUACGCCAGCGGAAUCUCUGAGGACACUGGCCGAGAGACUCAAGCAAUUCGGUUCCACGAAACUCAAUGGGCCAGCAAUCUCAUUGUAUCAGCAAGAUUUCUACCAUUCCUUCACAUGUUCUCGUAAGAUUUUGACCAAAAUUUGUUUAUUUACUCGACCUGCAUCUCAAUACCUCUUCCCAGAUUCUUCGAAAAAUAGCAAAAAGCAUAUACUAAAUGGAGAGGAGCUACUUAAAUGGUGGGGCUCAAUUUUGGAUAGUCUACUGGUUGAUUAUUUCCAGAAUGAUACACAGGCGAAAUUAAGGAUCCCAGGUGAGGACCCUGCUCGAGUAAAAUUAUACUUAAGGGGAAUGAAAUACCCGCUGUGGCAAGUGGGCGAUAUUUUUACGCCCAGUGAAAAAUCUCUUGCGGUGUAUAGCAUACCAUUAUUCCCAGACGAUCCUAAAGCUAGAUUUAUACACCAAUUGGCUGAGGAAGACCGUCUUCUCAAGGUAAGUUCAUCAACCUUCUGGAUUGAGCUGCAGGAGCGUCAAGAGUUCAAGUUGAGUGUAACAGUAUCAGUGAUGGGCGUAUCAGGAUACACCCUUGCAACCCCAACCCUAUUACCGUCUAGUGCAGAUGUCAUCGUGCCAAGGUCAAAAAAACAAUUCAAAGCCAUCAAGAAAUACGUCACUGGAGAAGAAUACGAUACUGAAGAAGGUGCCAUAGAGGCGUUUCUCAAUAUUCGUGACUUCCUCAUGCUUAGACUGGCAACAAAUCUUCAGGUUUUGACAGGGAAAAAAGAAUAUCGGGCAAGAAGCCAAUUGACCCCCACAAGUAAAGUCAAUAACAUGACGGUAACCAUGCUGAAACCCCGUAAAAAAUCCAAGACCCAAGCCACAACCCGCAAUAAAUAG